GAACUCAUUGGUGGUUGUUGAUUGAAGCGAAGGAGCAUGACCUCGCCACGCGCCUUCGCGUGACAGAUGCCCUCCCGCCACACUCCAUCACCACAACCCCAAUCUUCUUUUCUCUCUCCUCUGCCCUAAUUCCCAUUUUCCCAACUUCAAUUUCAUUCUCAAAUAUUCCUAUUCCAAUUCCAAUCCUAUUCCUUUCGAUUCCUCUUCCCCCAGUUUGGAAAUUUUGUUGCUGGAAGAAUUGCUUAAGGGCAUAUAACUGGCUUUAUUCACAUGGGAUCAGAGAGUGCGGCUCCAAUGGUUGAGACAUCAAAAAACAGGUUCUUCAUCUGGAUUCAGUUCUUGUAAACUUUAUUUGCUUCAGAUCUUCUUCUGAUAAAAUGAACCAAGGGAAAGUCCCCAGGAAAAUUCACAAGGCUGAAAGGGAGAAAAUGAAGCGUGAGCAUUUGAACGAUCUCUUUCUUGAUCUUGCCAGUGCACUUGAUCUAAAUGAGAACAAUGGAAAGGCUUCUAUACUGUGUGAAACUGCCAGGUUGCUAAAAGACUUGCUCAGUCAGAUCGAGUCCCUCAAGAAAGAGAAUGUCACUCUGUUGUCUGAAUCUAAUUAUAUGACCAUGGAGAAAAAUGAGCUGAAGGAGGAGAAUUGUAGCCUAGAAACCCAAAUUGAGAAAUUUCAAGGUCAGAUACAGGCAAGACUGGCUCAAUGUAAACCUGACCUGAAUGUACCUCCCCAUUUGGAACUUGAGCCACUGGAGCAGACAAAUUUUCCUGGACAGAAUCUCCAAUUGCAUACCAUAGAACCUAACUUGCAGCAAGGAUCUGCGAUUUUGGUUGUCCCCUGUAAUCCUGAUCUUCCACCUUCUUUUCCAGCUCCUAAUGUUACCGGGGUCAUGCCGAAAUCUACAUCUGUUGUCAGUAAACCACAUGCCAGGUAUCCCACACCCGCAGAUUCAUGGCCAUCACAACUGCUUGGAAAGCAACCAACUUCAAGUUGAUUUGUAUUUUCUAGAGUUUUAGUUUCAGUAUUGGUUUAACAUGCCAACUAGCUUUCCCGAUAGCAAAGCCUCUUUGGAGCUUUCAUGUAUAAAUUAUAUUUAUUCAAUGAUCUAAGAGAGUCUCACUCUCUUCUGUUUCGCCUUAUCUAGGUAUUCAUUUUGGGUUCGAGUUAGUACUUAGUACAUUCUCCUUUACUUUGUUUUCUCAGGCCUUAAAGCCAUUAGUUACUUGUAGAAAUGUUUUUGCGGUGCUUUUCCAUGGCACCAUAUCCGAUGUUUACUUGGCACUUAGUUUUUAAGAAACUUUUUAUUCGGCACUUAA